UUCAUCCUCCAUAUAUACAAAUAUAUACUUUCUUUCGAAACGUAGUUGAUAUAUAUAAUGGCUGUUGUAACUGCUGAGAUUGAGGUCCCCUGCUCAGUUCCUGCCCCAAAACUUUUCAAGCUCUUUUCAGAUUUCGAGAACAUUGCACCUAAGGCGGCACCGCAAGUUUUCAAAUCUGUAACCACCAUCCAAGGUGAUGGCAUUGGAAGCGUCAACAAAGUAACAUACAGUGAUGGUAUCCCAUACAACACUUCAAAUAACAGGCUUGAUGCUGUUGACACGGAUAAUCUUAGCCUCACUUACACUAUCAUUGAUGGUGACAUCUUGAUGGGGAUACUUGACGAAGCCAAUCAUCAUUGUCAGUUCAUUCCUUCUGAUAACGGAGGAUCGAUAUUCAAGCAGAAAAUGACGUUUAAAUGUAAAGGUGAUUCUAAGCUAUCUGAAGAGCAUGUAAAGAUCGCCAAAGAAGCAAACACUAAGACUAUUAAGGCGUUCGAGGCUUAUGCAAACGCCCAUCCAGAAGUUUGCUAA